CUGCCUCCACUCUAACGAGCGCAGUCUGUAGUUGCGUGAUCACAGCUGGUCUCUUCUCAGUCAUCCAGCAAGCCUCCUGUACCAACACACGCACUGUACACUAGAUCUUGGAUUUGAUCAGAAAUGUUUUUCUGUAGAUCGGCUUGGCAGAGACUCCUGACACGAAUGACAGUCGCCCUACCCUUAUCCAGAAAUGUGGUUCCAGUGCGGCAGAUGUCCGUCGGGAUCCCCGGUGGCUCUGCUACCAACGUGGCGUACGCCGUUCUGUGUGGAGGAGGCCUAACUGCCGCUGUAGUCUACGCUUACAAGACAGUGAAUGGUGACAGUGAGCGGUACAAUGACAGACUCGCCGAGAUGAACUUGAGGCCCAAGGAAGCAGCACCAGCAGCAGAGGAAGCAGCACCAGCAGCAGAGGAAGUAGAAUCCCCAGAAGAACCGGCACCAGUAGAAGCAGAGGUGUUAGCCGAGGUGGUCGCUGAGACAGCCGCCGUCGAGGAGGCGCCUGCAGCAGCAGAGGAAGUCGUAGCAGAGGUGUUAGCCGAGGUGGUCGCUGAGACAGCCGCCGUCGAGGAGGCGCCUGCAGCAGCAGAGGAAGUCGUAGCAGAGGUCGCCGCCGAAUCUGUUGCCGUCGUAGAGGCGGUUGCAGAGGUUGCUGCGGAACCAGAGGUCGUCGCAGUUGAGGAGGCGCCCGCAGUGGAAGUUGCGGAAGAAGCUGCCCCGGAGGCUGUCGCAGAGGCUGUCAUCGAGGCUGUCGCAGAGGCGGCUCCUGGCGUCGUGGAAGAGGACGUUGCCGCGGAGGCCGCGGGUGAGGAAGUUGUGGCCGAAGUAGUGGCCGAGACGGCUUCCACCGCCCCUGAGGCAGAAGUGGCCCCUGCCGCCGAGGUGGCAGCAUAAGGGGUCAGAGGUGAAAGGUCAACCUAGAGGGGUGUGUUUAGCUGUGGUGUGUCCCUCUUACUACUACCCCCCCCCAACCCUACACCUGACACCCCCCCACACCCUAUUCCCUAUGUAGUGCACUACUUUCCCUGGUUUAAAGUAGCACCCUACGUAUGGAAUAGUGUUCCUUUUUGGAUCACAGCCCCCUAUCUGCUAGCACAUGUUACAAUAAGAAGCAGGAGGUGGACUAUGUUCUGUUAAAGAACACUUUAGUUAGGUAUGAUGUCAUGGUGACGGGGACAGCUGUCUCUUCUCAUUCUGACUCCUUUACACCACAGCUAAAUACAGAGCCGUUUCAGGUUUUUAAAUAAUACCGGUCUAUUUGUCAAGCAAUAUGGUCGUAUUUAUCAAUGGGGACAGGAGGUUAUUUUUUCUGGUCGGAUCAUGGUUGUUGGGGAAAACUCCUGGCUCUGUUUUUCUGAGGAGUUCCUAGGUGUUAAAGGGGAUGUAAAGGGAGAUAUUGGAUUUAUGAUGAUACAUGUUGUCCUGACCCACAAACCUAUAUGCCUCUGAAAUGGCACCCUAUUCCCUAUAUAGGGCCCAUAGGCUCUGGUCAAAAGUAGCACAUUGUCACUAGAUAGGGAAUAGGUUGCCAUUUUUGGACACUUCUAAUGUAAAGUUUUCCCAAGUGGCCCUUAGAAUUCAGGACAGAAAAUGGCACCUUCUUUUUCCUUGACUUUUGUCUGAAUGACUUUGUCCCUUAAGAUUCCAGAUGGAUUGAGGAGUUCUACAUAAUGUCAGUCUGCUAUCUCGGCUCUAUUCAAGGUUGCACUCCAUUUUGACGAUGCGUUGAACGUGCUCCAAACUCAGAUUGAAAGGAAGGUCAUGUGAUGAACCUCGAGACGAUAAGCACUUCAAGCAGGUUAAAUGGUUAUUAUGCAAGUAAUAAAUAUACCAGUCAGAGAAGCAUUUUGAACUGCAUCUUAUUGUGAAAUGUGACCAAAACCCUGCUUCCUCCUUCCUGCUCUCUCCUCCUCUAAGUGCUGCUCACACCUCUCCCUGGGAUAAGCUCUAGAAGGAUUAGUCGGUGAUGUCAUAAAGCUCAGUGUUCCAGUGCCCAAUGGAACUCCCAGUGAUUGGAACGUUGGGGAACAAUUGGAUCAGUUGGUUCUCUGUGUCCUCACUGAUCUCUUUAUGACAUACUCUCUGUCUGAUCCUUAUUAGCACAUCCUAGACACUGUGCCAGGGAGAAGUCUGCCCCCACCAAGCACCGAUAAGGGAUCAGUUCCCCCUUGCCCCCAAUACUGAGCAAAUAGGGCUGCAACCAGUGGUUCAGGAAGUGGAUUCUCAAUCCUCAAAAUCCGUAGUGGUAUCAAAUACUAGCAAUGUUACUGUGCAAUGUAGACGUUCUAUUUUCAACCGAGUUUGUAAAACAAUGUCUUACGUUGAUGUAGUGUCCUUCAGUUAUGAAUGUUUAAACCUCUGAGAAAUCUCGUUUGUACUGUCAGUUUGUUUCAAAGAGCACCAAAGCCUACACUAACCAUGGAGCCUUGCGGCCUGUAUCGUCCAAUCAGAGCAGAUACAAGUCACGUGAUCUGUUAGCGCCACAUGAUGUGGCAUCGAACAGAUGACUUGACUUGGAUCUGCUCUGUGAUUGGAAGAUACUACAGCUAUUGCGUACCAUCAUGUGUUCGCUAACAAACCACAUGACUUGUAUUCUGCUCUGUGAUUGGAUGAUACAGACCGCCUUUCUAAUCUUUUCAACUAUUGGUUCAUCCUGGAGAUUUGUGUAGCUAUUCAUCAUUUGAAACCACGAUAAGCAGCAUGUAUUUUAAACAAGUGUUUAUACAAAGAAUGUGUGGCCCUAUCAGUUCCUGGAACCAUAACCGUGGAGAGAGGGGCGCGGCCCGUUGCAGCCCUAGGAAUUGUUUAAUUAAAAGCGGGUCUUGGAUAAGUGCUUGGUGGGAAGUGACUUCCACUAAAAUGCACCUUCUUUAAGUACCUGUUGUUUACAGAACCUGAGCCUCUACCUUCAACUUCAAACCUCACGUAACAAACUGUAGUCGUGAAUUUCUUCUUUACCUGCCUUACCUCCUAGUGGAGCACCUAGUGGAAUGUUUUAUCUAGAAGAGUCCACAACUAGUUUAAUCAACCAACACUCAAGUUUUGCCUUGUAACCACGGUGACUGACACACAAACCAGCCAGGACUUACAUGAUGUAAUGAAGCUGUCCAGGACGAUGCCCCCAGGCUGCAUCCCAAAUGAUUCCCUGUAUGUAACCUUUAUUUAACUAGGCAAGUCAGUUAAGAACAAAUUCUUAUUUACAAUGACGGCCUACCCCGGCCAAACCCUCCCCUAACCCGGACGACGCUGGGCUCUAUAUAGUGCGCUACGUUUCACCAGAACCCUAUGGUGUGGCCUAUUGGCCCUGGUUAAAACUAGUGCGCUUUAUAGGGAAUAGGGUUCCAUUUGUGAUGCAGACAUACAUUCUACUACUAAUACUGUCACACUAAGUGUUUUUUUUCCUUCAGCCAGCCAAUCAUUCACCACCAUCUCUCGGUAGAACUUCGAAAAGUCCAAGCCGUUGUGUUCAUUUAGUUUAUUUGCGUGCGCCGAUGCUGUUACAAGUCUUUGUCUUUUUAUUUCCUAAAUGUGAAAGGUAAACAUUAAGGGAACAUUUUACAAUAACCAUCUCACUCCAACACUGCUGUUCUAUUCCUCUCCGAUCCGUCGACGUUGGAAAUGUUGUACUGUCUGGAGAUGGUCGCCAUGGGCCAACUAAUAAUGCACCAUUGUUGACAACUUUAAGGAGAUGUUUUAUAAAGUAUCAGCGAAGAAGUAAUUCAGGAAGCUGAAGUCCUUCAAUAAAGACGUUGUCAGUUAC